AUGCCGCCUACGGUCGUCUGUUACAACAGAGGAUGCGGUCAAAGCUUUGACCCACAAAACAAUAGCGAAGACUGUGUUCAUCAUCCCGGUGUGCCCUUUUUCCACGAUGCCUACAAAGGAUGGACGUGCUGCAACAAGAAAAGCGUGGACUUUACGGAGUUUCUCAACAUCAAGGGUUGCACCCGUGGGCUGCAUUCAAACGAAAAGCCACCAGAGCCAGAAAAGCGUAAAGAAGACACUUCUUUGUCGAACGAAGCGGCUCCGGUUGAGGUGAAGAUUCGAGAACCGAUUCGUCCCACCAUGGAACGUCCCUCAUUCGAGACGGCACUAACCUCGUUGGAUCCAUGGGUAGCACCGGCCUUCCGGAAGCAGAUUGAUGAAAUGCCAGCUGUUGCUGUGAAGAAGAAGACGCCCACUGAUAUCGCUGCUAUCGAGGCUGGGGCGGUAUGUAAGCAUGGUGGCUGUAGCUGCACGUACGAGGAUGCCAAAACGAGCGAUGAACCCUGUGUAUAUCAUCCAGGCGUACCGAUCUUUCACGAGGGGAUGAAAUUUUGGUCAUGCUGUCAACGGAAAACUUCCGACUUUACUGCCUUCAUGAAUCAGGCCGGGUGUGAAACGGGCAAGCACCUGUGGGUCAGUGAGGAAGACGAAUCGAAAACGAUCAAGUGCCGGCUGGAUUGGCAUCAAACGGCCACUACGGUGGUGGUGACGGUUUAUGCGAAAAACUAUCACUACGCCAAGAGUUACGUUCGUGUGAAUCCGAUUCGAUUAGCCAUUUGCUUGGUGUUUCCGCAGCAGGAUGGAAACCAGUACAACGUGGAUAUGGAACUACGUGGGGUGAUUGAUGUGGCACAGUGUAAGGUUCAAAUGUUCGGCACAAAAGUGGAAAUAACGCUGGUCAAGGGAGAAGCAGGUACAUGGGCCAAUCUGGAUUUCCCGCGAGCGAAAAGCGGCGAGCAACAGAAGCAAGUUACGGUCAAAGCGGACAGCAGCAGCAAUGCAGAAGACAAUGAUUCUGACGUGGAUUUGGAAGAUCUGGAGCCAACGAUGCGUACGGCAACAAUAACAGAAGUAACGGAGUAA